ACUGCACACGCAGCACAUACAACCGAUUGAUUCGCACAACACGAAAAAUCCGAUAGACAGUCUAAAGAGAGUGAGAGAUACCAAUACAUUAACAUAAAACGCAUACCAUUGAAAAUUAAGGAGAGAACGUAUUCCGUAUUCACGAGUGUGUUGUUUUUUUUUAGCGCCCGAUAUUUCGUCUGUUUCGCGCAACAGCGACAAUUGUAUUUUGUGUCUCACUGUGAAUAUUGUCAUCGUUGUCGUCGACGACGUAUAAAAAAAAAUUAGUGUUUGCCUGUUCUCGCGCGUAGCGUUUUCUAGUGUAUAGUUGAUUGUCAAAUUGUGGACUGCGCAAAACAACGAAAAAACGUCUGUGCGCUGAUAAGCAGCACGAGAAUUUUUACUAAAUCAAACGAAAUAUAUAAAUUCGUGCCAACAACUGACGGUUGAGAAGCACUGCCCACCGACGAUUACGACUCAGUUUUUUUUUUCUUUCUUUUUCAUAUUGUGAGUAUAUAUAAUCAAAGUGCACAUGAAGUUGGUUUUUGACAUUCACAAUACAUUUUUCGAAGCGAUAAAAAGAACGUAAAACAAUCACUCAAACAACGUGAAACAGUCGAAACGGGAAGGAAAGAAGUAAAGACAAAUACGAUACGAAAUAUCACAUAAUUUCUUUCAAAUCGAAAUUGAUUUAGAACGCUCAAGUUUACAAUCGUGUUAAAUAGUGGCUGCUUGGUCGAUUCAACGAAAUUCAGCACAUACAGACAGCCAUACAAAUAGCGAACAGAGAAAGCAUUGUGGAUGAUUUCGUCUGAAAAAUUCGCAAAGUGAAGUCGCAUGUUUGAGAGAAAAAUUGAGAGCAAAAGAGGCGAAAAGGAAAGCGCACCACACACAGUAUAUAGCAACAUUUUGUGUUCGACGAGCAGUCACCUUUAAGAAAGGUCAUUACAUAACCAAAUUUUUUUUUCUUCGUAUGUGUGGUAUACGUUAAACCGUUACGGGUUGUUUGUGAAGGACAUUGCACAUAUAUAAAUUGAAAAAGUGCGGAAAAUUUACCAAUCUUCAAAUUGCGUUUGACUAUUGAAACUAGCGAGAGCACAGCACAAACAAUAAAUAAGUCACCGAUUUAUUCGAAAUUGAAAGUCAAUGACUGAACGAUUUUUAAAAGACGCAAAAAAAACGUUUUAAUAAAUUCAUUCACGGCUACGAGAACAACAACUAAACCAACCAAACAACCAAUAUUAAGUUAUUAUUUAUUUAGUGUGGUGUUUUAAACAGAAUAGAGAUAGAAAAAAAAAAAUACAAAUAAUAAUAACAAUAAUAAUAUUAAUUGAAAGUUCAUUGAAAAGAAGUCAAACGAAAUAAAAAAAAAAAAACGAAAAGGGAAAAUACACGAAACGUAAGAGCGAUUGACGAAAGCAGUUCAACAGAACAAAUUGAAACGUAUACAAAGUAAAAGCGAAUACAAGCAAAGAAACGAACACUAGAAGAUUCAAAUUAAAAAUAAAUCACACAGUCAGACUACAGCAAAAUGGGUACAAAAAAGGCUGAUGCAAAUUCGCAGCGAAUCCGCGAUGAAUGUGAAGAAUUAAUAUUGACCGAUGAACACAUGCAAGAGUUAAUGAAACGAAUUAUCCACGAAAUUGAACGCGGUUUAAGUGCAAAAACACAUGAUGAAGCCGAUGUCAAAUGUUUUAUCACAUAUGUUCAAGAUUUGCCAAAUGGCAAUGAACGCGGCAAAUUUUUGGCCUUAGAUUUGGGCGGCACAAAUUUCCGUGUGCUCAUUAUUCAUUUGAAUGGUGAAAAUGAGUUCAAAAUGCAAUCAAAAAUCUAUGCAGUACCACAAAGCAUAAUGUUGGGCAAAGGCGAAGAGCUAUUCGAUCACAUUGCCGAAUGUUUGGCGAAUUUCAUGAAAGAGAAUAAUGUGUACGCAGAACGUUUGCCAUUAGGAUUCACAUUCUCAUUUCCAUUGAAGCAGCUCGGUCUGACCCGUGGCCUUCUCGCCCAAUGGACAAAAGGUUUUGCAUGUUCGGGCGUUGUUAGUGAAGAUGUUGUACAAUUAUUGAAAGAUGCCAUCGCACGCCGUGGAGACGUGCAAAUUGAUGUGUGUGCCAUUCUCAAUGAUACAACCGGUACCCUAAUGUCAUGUGCAUGGAAAAAUCAUAACUGCCGAAUUGGAUUGAUUGUUGGAACUGGUAGCAAUGCAUGUUAUGUGGAAAAGGUCGAAAAUUGUGGCCUAUUCGACGGUAAUUCCAAAAAAUCGCAUGUUAUCGUUAACACAGAAUGGGGAGCAUUUGGCGAUAAUGGUGCCCUUGAUUUUGUGCGAACACAAUACGAUAGAGAAAUUGACGAGCACAGCAUAAAUCGUGGCCGACAAAUUCAAGAGAAAAUGAUAUCCGGCAUGUAUAUGGGUGAAUUGGUGCGAUUAGCAUUAGUUCGUUUUACCAAAGAGGGUCUAUUAUUUGAUGGCCAAAGUACAGACAUGUUAAAUACCCGCGGACGAUUUUUCACAAAAUUUGUGUCAGAAAUUGAAAGUGACAAACCCGGCAGCUACAUGUAUUGUCGCCAAGUGUUGGAAGAAUUGGGAAUUGAUAGUGCAACCGACGAGGAUUGUGAAAAUGUUCGCUAUAUCUGCCAAUGUGUAUCAACCCGUGCUGCACAUUUAGUAUCAGCCGGUAUUGCUGCAUUAAUUAAUCGAAUGGAUGAAAAGAGUUUAGUGGUUGGCAUCGAUGGUUCAGUGUAUCGUUUCCAUCCAAAAUUCCAUGAUUUAAUGACAGCUAAAAUUCGCCAACUUAUUAAACCAGAUAUCAAAUUUGAACUUAUGCUAUCAGAAGAUGGUUCGGGACGUGGUGCUGCGCUGGUAGCAGCCGUUGCGUGUAGAGAAGAAGGCCGAAAGUAAUAAAAUUUAUAUGCAUACUAUACAUUAUAAUGAAUAAUUACUAUUGUUUAAAUAAAUAAAUAAAUAAAUAAAGAAAAUCUAUUCUAGAAAAUUAAUUAUUGAUUUAUGGAGAGAGAUAUAUAUUAAAGUAAAAGUAACAAAAAAAAACAUGAAUGAAAAGGAAUCAGUUAAAUCUGAGCGAGACAUGAAUGAUGAAAUUUGUGAACAAAAUUCAAUAAGGUAUAGAGAAAUCAAAUGAGGAUAAACACAAACAAUAACAAAAAAAAAAAAA